AUGACGGACCUAUUGCUUGCCGCCCAAAUGAAGCCAUCCGACCUGUACCAGAGCGGGUUCGGGCGCGCCAACGUCGCCUGCUCGUCCACCUCCACGCCGCCGAGUGUGGACAACUCGGACGACGACCUCGAGCCCUCCACAACCAGCCGCUCCACCGAUGAAUCGGCCGGCUCGGACCACGUGAAGCGCCCCAUGAACGCGUUCAUGGUGUGGUCGCGCGGUCAGCGCAAGAAGAUGGCGUGCGAGAACCCGAAAAUGCACAACUCGGAGAUCUCGAAACGCCUCGGCCAGGAGUGGAAGGAGCUCAGCGAGCUGGAGAAGCGGCCCUUCAUCGACGAAGCCAAACGCCUCCGCGCCGUCCACAUGCGCGAACACCCCGACUACAAGUACCGACCACGCCGAAAACCCAAAGGAUUCCGCCCCUCGAUCAGCGCCGGACAGCCCGCCAUGAGUGCCAAUGUGCAUGCCGCCAACAAAAUGAAUGUCCAGUCGAUUCAACAGAGCUUCGCCAACGGAUUUAAUGGUAGGCUUUUGAGGGUGUGGCAGCGGUUUUGAUGAUUUUUAUGGGAAAAUUGGGAAUUUUUUUUGAGAAUUGGGGCUUCUGGGAAAGAGUUGUGGAGGCAAAAAUUGCACUGUGCAAGCUCACUUUUUGGAUCGGAUGCACGGUGCAAAAUGUUUUUUCGAAUUAUCGCGCAAAAUGCACAGUGCAGAAUCGCAGAAAAUUCGCGACAAAAGGUCCUCGGAAUUUUUCGCGGUCCCCAAUUUCCGUCGCAGAAAAAAAAAACAUUUCAGAUUUGCGCUCCGAAAAGUUGAUUUGUCGCUGCGAAAAAGGGAGUCGCUCGCGACGUAAGGCAAAAACAAAAUUGCACUGUGCAAAUGCACUUUUUGGUUGGAUGCACAGUGCAAAAUGUUUUUUUUCGAAUUAUCGCGCAAAAUGCACAGUGCGGAGUCGCGGGAAAUUCCAAGGACGUUCUGCCGCGGAGCGACAAGAUUUUUUUUGUGUUUUUUCGAAUGUUUGGAUUCGAAAAAACGUCAUUCCAAAUUUUCGCGCCAAGACCAAAAACCCAAACGCCAUGCAGGCCCAUAAAAAGUGGGACCGUGCGCUCAUUACUCUUCCUCUCCUCGGUUGUUCCUUUGCCUGUCGGUCUUUAGCGGCUUGCAAAACGCGGAAUCGCUCCCAUUGUUUUUGUUCCUAGGACGAAUAAUUCAAAACAAUUUGCUUCCAUUUUUCGUUUCGGGAAGUUCCCGUUUUGUGUUCCGGGAUAUUGGCCGGGGUUUUCGGCAAAUUUUUCGAAUUUUCUUUUCUUUUGCACCUUUCUGCUCGUCGCGGUUUUUUGUGAGGCGCCGAAGAAAACACCCGGAGACAAUGGAAGAAUGAAAAACUGGUGGCGAAGAAGAAAGAAAAGGCCAGCGCGGACAAAAGCGUUUCCAACCCGCGCCUUUUUCGGUCUUCCAAGGCACCCCCUGGAAAAGGAAGUGUACCGUCUCAGAAGUUUUGUCACCAAACAGCGAAAUUUUUAUUUGUUUUUGGCCCGAAAAGAAUGGGAACCCCGCGAAAUGGGCGAAUUCAAUGGGAAAGCGGCGUGAUCGGGCGCCAAAAUCAAAGAUAAAGAAGUGAACUUUGUCCCGCACACGGUAGAAAUGUGAACUAGAUCUCUGAAUGGUUUCGACUUGGUGUUAAAGAUCAAAUAUUUGACUUUGAAGAGGCAUAGGUCAAGUGUAAUAUAAUUUUGUUCAGUUUGAUUGAGAAUUGAUGAUCGUUGAUGAGGAUUAGGCUUAUCAAGCAAGGAAUUUUUGUUUUUACGAAGUUUUUUCAAUCUGUAUUACACAUGACGUUGCCGGAAAGCCAAACCUUAACUUUAGAGUUUAAGAAAUUAAUUUUUUGAAAAGAUCCUUAGCCUGUGUUGUGUUUGUAGCCUAAUAAAAGAAAGUGCAAAAAAUUCGAGGGAGUGCCCAGAAUUAGGCACUAAAAUUUUUUCGAUAUUGUACUAGAUUUUUUUCAAUUCGGGAUCAAGAAAGCGCCUUCAAAGUAUCAAAAAGAUCACAAGCGGACAUAAACCCAUCUCGAUUACAAAAUACAACGGCUCGCUUAUCAGACGAACGACUUUUAUGGGGAGCUGCGUGGUCACAAUGAAACAAUGCCCCGAAACAAUAGAAUUCGAUUAAUCUAUGAUUAGACACAACCUUGAUAAGCGAACAUCGGCCCCUUCCGGAACGUUCGAAGAAAUUAUUUAUCGGACCUUGUUUCAUACUGUUUCAUCAACGGUUCAUUUUUGGAUGCUUGAACAACAAAAACAAUCAGUUUACAAAAGCAAACGAGGCAUCAAAGUUCAGAAAAAUGGGUAAACAGCUCGUUCAAAGGGCAGGUUUUGGAAGUAAAAGGUUUAAAGUUGGAUUUGUUAGAGUAAUUCGUCUAAUUUUGCUAAAAGAACGUUGUACAAGGCACUCCAAGUUGAGGGUGUUAUCAGUUUGUCGGGAAAGUAAUGAGCACUCUGCCGCAGAGACAUUGCGCUCAUUAUUUUCCCGACAAACUGAUACCACCUUCAACUUCAGUGGAGGCUUGUAAAAGUUCUGUUUAGCAAAAUUAGACGAAUUAGUCUAUCAAAUCCAAGUUUGGACCUUUUAAUUUUGGGUCUCAACGCGAAAAUUACAGUAAUCUUUAAAAAAUCAAAAAUCGAGAAAAUUUUUUAAAAUGGCUAAAUCAAGAUUUAAAGGACUUAUUUCGAACAUUUUCAGGCCUGAAUCCAUUCCAACCGGCCUUCUGCGGCGCCCAGAAUGUCGCCAACUCCAUCCCCACCAGCUCGGCGCUGAUCAAUCCGGCGGUCGCCGCCGCCCUCCAGCAACAACUCCACGCCCACCAACUCCAGCAGACCCUCAUCCAGAACCAGCUUCUCGAGAACGAGAAGUAUCAGCAGCUUCUGACGCUGGCCGCCCUCCACAACCCGCUGUUGGCGGGCCUGGCGCCGGGCCUGGUCUCCCCACCGCCCACCUCGGCCAACACCUCGCCGGAGCCGCUGAAUCCGGCCAUCAGCCCCGAACUGCAGCGCGUCCUCGUCCAGUACGGCCUCCACAUGCAACGAAUGGCCAACCAGCACAUGAACUUUGACCUGAACAAGUCGGUCUCGUCCCCCAGCACCACCGAAAACUCGGCCAAUGAGUCGCUGUAG